ACUACGAACAGCCAGUCAGAAGCGAACGACCGUUCCAAGCUUACGUUUCACUGCGCUGCCAAAGUUUUAUUAUCUUCGUCGAAAAUUGUGACAGCAAGUGUUGUGAUUAUUGUGUAAACUGACCAUUAUCCGUCUAGACAAUUGUGUAUACUUAAUACAAUAGUGUUGUUAAUUCAUAAAAGCCGAACGGCGUUCUUAUUCUGGUUUCGGCGGCCCCGUUUGUGUCGGCACUAAUUGCUGUUUGCGGAGUAACAAAAUCAAUAUGGUAUAAGACGCGGCGCGAUGCGGUGGUUCAGGAAGGGCGAGCCGCCGCGGCUGCUUGCUGUCUCACCUGAAGCAGAACCUCGGUCUUCGCGGAGAUCUAGAAUUGAUAUGUCCCCAGUCCGCUACCCAAAUCGAAAAAGUAGCAGUAGUUCAGUAGAGACGAGUUUCUACAAUUUGAGCGAUCAAAUAAUAAUUGUUGAAAAAUCUCCUCAUUCUUGUCAGAGAACUUGUGAAACUCCAGUUACUCGACGAAUAUCGCUGCAAAAUGGGCCGACUUCACCGCCAUCUGAAAAUCUUAAUGCUAGUCGAAAGCACCGCGGUGGCUCUUUAGAGAAAGAGUACGUGGUGUACCGCGAAAGACGUAAUCCUUUACUCGAUAAAGUUAAAAGCACAAAACUGUCAUGUUUCAAAUCGAAUGGUCCGAUCCGCCACGGGGAUGAUGCUGCUUCAACUUCGGGAAGUGAGUGCAGCGGAUUCGGACAUGUUGAAGAAGCACAUUGCCGUUAUGUGGAAAGUUAUCCCGAGCACACUGAGUUCGAAAAUCAAAAUCCUUGGGUUAAAAUGUCAAAUUACGAUGACGAUGUAUUUUUUGCCAAAAGUCCUGUAGAGUGUACUUGGCGAGAGGGAAAAUCAUUUGUUAAUAGAGGAACACGGUGUUAUAGUUCGGGUUCUGAGUGUGAUAGAUAUCAUGUGAUACCAAAAGCUGGAACAAAUCUUUCAAAAUCAAGUGACCAAAUAUUUAAUGAUGAUUAUGAACCUUAUCAUAAUCCUCCAAUUUCUGCGAGACCGCCCAAAAAGACUGAUAAGCUAAAAGACGACAAAGACACUAUCGGACCUAGUUCCUGUUUGUCAGCCAAGCUUCGUGCUAUGUCGGAUCGAUAUCUUAAAUCUUCCACUAAUAAAUUCUUUGCUAAGCUAUACAGACAAAGUGGUGAAGACGAAGAUGGAACAAAUGUUGGAAAUGACAACAUGGUAAAAUCAACCAGUGCAAUAAGUAAAAGUCGAAAAAAAAGAGGAGGAGUAAAGGCCAAACUUCGGAGUUUUUCUUACGGUGCUUUACCUGGACUUGAUGAAUUUCAAAAAGAUCAUAACUCUGUAUUUCACGAUGACGUUUACCAAGUAUCUUGUGAUGAUGAAAAUGUUUUAAUACCAGACUGUGAAGAUGCAGAUUCAGGUAUUCUAGUCAAUGAGUCAGCUGCUUCAUCAAUAUUUGAUAGUGAUAGGAUAUCAUCACGUUGUGAAAGUUCUGCUUCUCAUUCAAACCCGCAAGGCCCUUGUCAUAGUAGAAGUGUGUCUGGUGAUCAAACCUACUCAAAAACACGUCUUUCUUGCAGAAGAAGUAGAGAAAAGAACGAUCUACCUAAACCUAAACCUCGACAGAACCAAAGGGCAUUAUCUUUAGAUCGUAAAGAAAUACUCAGACGAAUGCCGAAGAAUGCUGAACAUACAGAACCUCAAUAUCUUCAGUUAACUGAGAAACAAAAAAUGCGUCAAAGAAAUGCUAGUCAAGGCAAUUGUGGAAUACCUCCUAUACCACCUUGUCGUAAACCGACUAAAAGUAAUUCUAAUAAAGCUCCCUCAGAAUUUAAAGUGGUUAGAAUAAUGAGAAAAAACCCUUGUGAUGAAUUAGGAAUAUUCAUAGCUAAGACUAAACUUGUGGAUGAGGGUCACAUUGGAUAUUUAGUAGCACACGUCGUACCUGGGGGCUUAGCUGAUAAGGAAGGUACUUUACGCAUAGGAGAUGAGCUUCUCAAUGUAAAUGGUAGAAGAUUGCGUGAUCUAACAAUGGCGGAAGCAAAAGAAGCAUUAAGAUCGGGGUCAUCCGAAAUCGAUAUCGUAAUUUGUAGGCAACGUGAGAAAACCGCUCCAGAAGCGAGACAAAGGGAGCCACCACAAAAGAACGUACUUUUGAUGCGCGAAAGUUCUGUAGAUUACGAAAACGCUAUAAUAUUAGGCAAGGAAAAACGUAGUGAUAAGUAUGACAUCAGAAUUGAUACGCGUCAUGCUCAGGACGAACCCAUAUGUAAUCGCGUCGCCUUAUCAGCGUCCAGCGAGGCGGACGCCGCUACGGACACGCAGUCACACUUCCUGAAAGGCCACAACGCGAGUUACAGCAGUAUGAACAACAAGUUAUUACGGCGGCAGGUCGUCAGUUACGGCGGAUCGAACAAAGAUGGACUUACUCUGAGUUGUGCCGGUGAUAUUGUGGAUGUGGAUGUGCCCGACGGCGUUUCUCGGACUACAGACAAAAAUGAUAGUGAAAGUGAUAAUAAUGUGCAAACCCAAAACGCUGCAAACUUCUGCACACUCCCUCGAAGACCUCGAGCACCUACACACACAUACCACACUAUUACGUUUGAAAAGGGUCACGGGAAGAAACCGCUAGGUUUCACUAUUGUGGGAGGACGAGAUUCACCUCGAGGUCCCUUGGGAAUUUUUAUAAAGAGUAUCCUUCCACAAGGCCAAGCCGUUGAUGACGGAAGAUUAAAAGCUGGUGACGAAGUGUUAGCUGUGAACGGGCAGGCUUGUCAUGAACUGGCUCACGUGGAAGCUUUAGCUCUAUUCAAAGCCGUUCGGAGCGGGUGUAUUGAGCUUCGAGUUUGCCGCAGAGUAAAAAAUCAGUCCUUCAAAGCAAAAUCUUGCACAGAUUUACUCAACGACGAUGAUUGAAAAACUAAACGGCCUCUUGCUCGAGUGUCUACUUAAUUCUUUAAUACGUUUAUAUCACGUUAUAAAGUGAAAAAAUUACGAGAUAUAAACAACUAUGUAAUUAUGUAUCUACCUACAGUAUGCGCCAAACUUAAAGACCGCUCUGACAUUGCACACGCCUGACUACGCGGUUAUUUUUAACCCGCCUGGGAUACGUUUGCGCUUACUGCGUAACCAUACACAGUGUUCAGACCGGACUCGAAGCUUGGCGCAUACAUCAUUUUUAAUAUAAAUCCAUAUGAUUUUGAACCUUGGCCAAGUCUAAACCGUUCCGUCGCACAUUAAUACUACCUAUAGAUAAUAUAAAACUUUAUUUAAUAUACUUACCAUGUUUCUCUAUAAAAUUAUAUAUUCAAAAUAAAAAUAUAGUUCAAAAUUAUUAGACUGUAGGACAUGCAGAUUUAUAAAUAGGUAAUUGAAAUGUUUUAAUAGCUUUGCCUCAUUGUCCAAUCACAUAAUAUUAUUAUGCUUACGUUCAUAUAAUAAAAAACUUUUCUAACUCCUUUUGAAAUAAGAAGAAUAGCAUAUUUAUAAAUUGUCAGCAUAAAUCUUAUCAUAAUUAUUAAUGAUUGUAAAGUGUGACUAAAAAAAUAAAUUAAUAUUUAUGAUUGGAUUAUCCGUUGAACGCUUGAAGUGAAUCAUUAAGAAAAUUAAUAGUGCCAUUUAUUAAUAAAGUAAUGUAUAAAUUGCACGCUGUAACUGAUAUCCUUAUUUUUCAAUUCAAGGUUAAAUCUGUACCUGACUUAAAUUCGUUUUUUUUUUUGUAAGCAAAGCACACUUUUUAGAGUAGAUAAUCCCAAAGAUAAACUUAAUUGACUACUCAGUAAUCUCUUAUAUUAUUUGUUUUAGAGUUCUUAUAAGACUGUGCUGCGUUUUAUAGGUGUAUAAUUAAAAAUGAGUAAUCUGAUAAGUAGCAGUAGUACUUACUCGUAUCAUAGAGAGCACAAUUUUAGACCAUAGAUUUUAUGAUAACGACAGAUAGUUCAGAAACUACCUAUAGGAGUAGAUUUAUAAGUGGCCUGAUGUACUGUGUAACUUUUCUACGUAGACGGAGAAGUAAAUAGACAGAUAGAAAACAUCUAUCGCAUUCCAUUAAAACGAAGAGUUUUACGUGGACUCUGACUAAACGAGAUUUGUUUCGUUUUUCGCGAUUCGACAUUUGUGUCAUGCCGUUUUUUCACUCGUGCCGUUUUUUCAAAGUCGUAUAAGGUAACAGGUUUUUACAUUUAUAAAAAAAAGAAAUAUACGUGUUCCAGACUCAACUAGUUGAAAAUGUGAUUUAGCAUUAUGUGUUGGAAAUCUUUUGAUAUCUGCAGAUCACUUUUUUGUCAAUCACAAUCAGUACUUCUCUGUCUAUUUUUUCUAACGGGUUGAUAGCCGUUUUAUUAUAUACAAAACACAAUUUCAUAGCGCCAGUAAAUUGGUCGCAAAUUUUGUAUGAAGACAAAACCCAGUUAUAAUAUUAGCUGAUUAGUUAGUUAACUGCUAACAGAACCUAUUAAUGUAAACGGUCGAAUCUACAGUAAUCUAUUGUCGAAAUACAUUUUUAGAAAAACAUUUAAAAUGUAUUAUUAUGUGUAUGUAUUAUUUUAUUUAAAAUUAUAAUUACUCAUUUACAUAUUUGUCGACUAUUUACUUACGCACUUUUGAAAAAUAUGUCAAUUUUGAUAUAUUAAAAGUAGGCACGGUGCGACAUCUAUUAUUUUUAAUCUAUGCCAAUUUCUAAAUAGUGUAGGUAUAGGCUUGAAGUGAUAAAAUGCUAGAGCUUAGAGCUUAUCGCAAUAUUGGUAUAGGGUAGUAUCAUAUUAUAUGGCAAUAUUAUAUCAACAUAAUAAACGGAACAUUAAAUAUGUUGUGCUUAAUUAUUAUUAUUAUCGGCAAUAUUAUUGGCAAUAAAACUCGUAUAACGAUAAAUAGGUACUUAUUCGAAAGUGCAUGAUAAGAUAA